CGGCGGUACCAAUGUACAACUUGUAACAAAGCGUUUAGUCGGCCUAGUGCGCUUCGAACUCACAUCUAUACGCAUACCGGUGAAAAGCCUUUUGAAUGCACCACUCCGGGCUGUGGUCGUCGUUUCGCAGUAAUUAGCAACUUACGUCGUCACUUCAAGGUG